UGCAAAGAGACAUUAACCAAGUCUGUCGUGCGGGGAAGGAAGGAGGGACAGCAGAAGACGCAAAUACUGGCCACAGGUGUGAUGAGGAAUUUCCAUAAUUACAUGAACAUAUACAAGACCUUUCCUCUGAUGUUUUACAUGUUCUCGAUGUUCUUACCAACAGAUGGAAAAACCAUCAUAGCCAAGCCUGACAGAACAGUGAAUCUGCCAUGCAACAACAAGUCAAUCAGUGACCUCACUCAGCUGAUGUGGAAAAUGAAUGGGGAUCAUCAUCUGUUCAGUUUUAAACCAAAGCAACUUCUCCACAUCUCACCUGAAGCUCGUAACCUGAGCAUUAGUAUGUCAGAUUCAGAAAGCAAGCUGUAUGCGCUGGUCUUAGAGAGAGCCCAGAAGUUUCAUACAGGGAACUACACCUGUGAGACCACUACAAACACAGGAGUUUGGAAACAGGAUUGGGAACUUAUAAUUACAGAGUCAGCUGAUGACCCAGAGAAUGCUGGGAACUGGAGUAAGCAGGCGAUCAUUGUUGCAACCGCUGUUCCUUGUGCGUCUAUCCUGGCCUUUAUAAUAGCUUUGACCUGUAUGCUAACAGUCUGCAGAAAUCAUGCAGAGAACCCGGGAGACAUGCAUGAGCGCACAGAGGAUAUCUAUGAAAACUGCCUGGAAAACCGUGGCUAUAAUGGGCCUUCUCAAAAUAAACCCAGGGCUCACUGAUGUAAAGUAUGCUUCAAUCUCCUGAAGGACAAUAGGACAAAAGCAGAGAUUAGUGGUGGGAAAAUGUGUAAAAAUUGAACAAAAUCAUUGGAAAUGCAUACCCUAAUAACAUAACUUUGCAUGUAACCUUAAAUCCAACUGAUAAUUUUGGGCGUUUUAUGUCAUACUUUACUCCAUGCUAUUCUCAAAUUCUGCCUCAAUGAAUGUAUCAUAUGUAAUGAGGAACCUCUUUUUUUUUGUCAUUAAAGCUGCAUAUUAGCACUUUCUUGCCAU